GGGCGAGAGAAAGGUCUGCAAAGGGUUAAGCCGCUGACUUGCUUGCUAGGCAAAGUUUGAGGAAGAGUAUGUCUGAGGCUGAGUACGCUGCAGCCCCGCGUUUGAAAUCUGUCACCCUCACUUAGGAGCUCUGCAUCUCUGGUUGUCACCGGUGAAUAAUGAUCACACGGCGAUAAGAUCGCUCCGUGGCGUUGCGCCGGAGCCGCCGGGGGAAAGAGAAGAAAGGAAAUUACGAGGCGUUUAACCGCUUUAGCAGGGUGUUCUUCAGUGUCAUCGGUGGGUGUCAGGGUCAAAUGACCGGCUGGACAGCAGCUUGGCAAGAAAAUUUCCUUCCUCCUUUCCUUGAGAGAAACCUUGGGUGAUGGUGACCAUUGGCAGCUAUGGAAAACAGAGACCUUGGUGGUGAUCCUUAAAAUAAUACCAUGCCGGAGCCCAGCUGUUCUGCCACUUUCUCCCCUUUCAACCUGCCGGACCCGGUGGGCUUUGGGUGACCUACCGAGGAGGACCCACCUCCGCAGGAGCAGGCAGGCCAGAUCUGGCAGAUAGCUGAUAUGAGGACUUUGCUGACUUCAGAAAGCUGAGUGUAACAAACACCAACAGACUUCAGUGAAAGGAAAUAUUAUCCCUCCAAGAAACUCAUACACAGACGACUUUUGGUAGCUUUAAAUUAACCUGUUGCUCACCUGCAAAGACACAGCUAUUGUUUCUUUCAGCACACAUGGAGGAAGGCAACAAACUUUGUAACCCUGGCUAAUAAGACUGUGGCUUUCUUAUCAAAAGUAGGAGGUAGGCCAAUUACAAGAGGAUUAUUUUAUACUUAGCCUCCAGGACUUUAACUCUGGCCUGAACACUGGACAUAAAUAGAAGCCAAUUUUAAUGACCUGAGAUUUUGCUACCUGUGCUUUAUUAUUGUUAUCGGUUCUUUAACACUUUGGUACUUUAUUUCUUUAAAUUAAAAAUGGGUUCGUGGAUGAGAAUGUGGCCCACAGAUUGGGCUGUUCUCAUGAAAUCAUGGCUUAUCUUCUCCCUGGGGCUCUACAUGCAGGUCUCCAAAACUUUGGCCUGCCCAAAAGUGUGCCGCUGUGACCGAAACUUUGUCUACUGUAAUGAGCGAAGCUUGACCUCAGUGCCUCUUGGGAUACCGGAGGGUGUAACCGUCCUCUACCUCCAUAAUAACCAAAUUAACAAUGCUGGAUUUCCUGCAGAGUUGCACAAUGUCCAGUCUGUGCACACAGUCUACCUGUAUGGUAACCAAUUGGAUGAAUUCCCCAUGAACCUGCCCAAGAAUGUCAGGGUUCUCCACCUGCAGGAAAACAACAUUCAGACCAUUUCUCGGGCUGCCCUUGCUCAGCUUUUGAAGCUGGAAGAGCUGCACCUGGAUGACAACUCCAUCUCCACUGUUGGUGUUGAGGAUGGGGCAUUCCGGGAAGCCAUCAGCCUCAAGCUUCUGUUCUUGUCCAAGAAUCACUUAAGCAGCGUACCAGUAGGCCUUCCAGUGGACUUACAAGAACUUCGAGUAGACGAAAACCGAAUUGCUGUCAUUUCAGACCUGGCCUUCCAGAAUCUUACAAGUCUGGAGCGUCUGAUUGUGGAUGGCAAUCUCCUUACUAAUAAAGGCAUAGCUGAAGGCACCUUCAGCCACCUCUCCAAGCUCAAGGAAUUCUCAAUAGUGCGGAAUUCACUGACCUACCCUCCUCCCGAUCUUCCAGGUACACAUCUGCUAAGGCUCUACUUGCAGGACAACCAGAUAACCCAUAUACCACUUACAGCCUUUUCAAACCUCCACAAGCUGGAACGUCUUGAUAUUUCCAACAAUCAACUUCGGAUGUUGGUAAAGGGGGUAUUUGAUAAUCUCCACAACCUGAGGCAACUCACUGUAAGGAAUAAUCCCUGGUUGUGUGACUGCAGUAUUAAGUGGGUCACUGAAUGGCUCAAAUUUAUUCCCGCUUCCAUCAAUGUACGGGGUUUUAUGUGCCAGGGACCAGAGCAGGUCCGAGGUAUGGCAGUCAGGGAGCUCAAUAUGAAUAUGUUGUCAUGCCCCACCACCACCCCUGGUCUGCCACUUAUCAUCACCCCAGUCCCAGCUACAGCCAUGCCAACUACAUUAGUUCCCACCUCAUCAGUUCCUCCCCCAAGUAGCAAAUAUAAUCCUCUCACUCCCACCAUAGCCACACUCCCCACUGUGCCUGACAGGGAGGACAGAGAAAGGGUGACACCUCCUAUAACCGAACGGAUUCAACUCUCCAUCCAUUUUGUGAAUGACACGUGCAUCCAAGUUAACUGGAUGUCUCUUUUUACUGUGAUGGCAUAUAAACUCACGUGGGUUAAAAUGGGCCAUAGCCUGGUAGGAGGAAUUGUUCAGGAACGAAUAGUUAGUGGUGAGAAGCAACACUUAAGCUUGGUAAAUCUGGAGCCCAAAUCCACCUAUCGGAUUUGCUUGAUUCCACUGGAUACUUACAACAAUUACCGAACUGGAGAAGACACUGUCUGUUCAGAAGCCACAACCAAGGCUUCCUUUUUGAGCAAUGGCAGCAACAUCCCCUCCAGCCAUGAGCAGACGACUUCUCAGAACCUGGGCUCCCCAUUUCUGUUGGCAGGGUUGAUUGGAGGUGCAGUGAUAUUUGUCCUUGUGGUCCUGCUCAGCAUUUUUUGCUGGCACAUGCACAAAAAAGGGCGUUACACCUCCCAGAAGUGGAAAUAUAACCGGGGCCGUCGGAAAGAUGACUACUGCGAGGCAGGGACCAAGAAGGACAACUCCAUCCUGGAGAUGACGGAAACCAGCUUCCAGAUUGUCUCCUUAAAUAAUGAUCAGCUCCUUAAAGGAGAUUUCAGACUGCAGCCCAUUUAUACCCCAAACGGGGGCAUUAACUACACAGACUGCCACAUCCCCAACAACAUGCGAUACUGCAACAGCAAUGUCUCAGACCUGGAGCACUGUCAUACGUGAUAGUGAGGGGAGAUGGGGACAUCUAAGACAAAGAGAAAAAACUCUGGAAAAAAUACCCCCCCGACAACAAUGAAAAAAUUACAUUUGAUAAAUGUUACACAGAUGCAUUUAUGCAUUUGAAUACUCUGUAAUUUAUACGGUGUACUAUAUAAUGGGAUUUAAAAAAAGUGCUAUCUUUUCUAUUUCAAGUUAAUUGCAAAUGGUUUUGUAACUCUUUGCUUUUUAAAUCUUUAAAAAAUAUUGCUAAGUACUGUACAGGGUUGUACAAUAAGAACCCAAUGUCAUGGCAAAGGAAAGAAUAACUCAUUCUUCAAACAUUAACCACUUUGCUGUCGAAGCUGUCUGAGGGAUGUUAAGUUUCUAGGUGUCCUGUAGUACCGGAAAAUAAGUGCAUAUUAAAACAGGGUCACUUAGGAACGGACAAAAGCAAUUCAGAUAAAAUGGGUACAACCCUUCUGACUUGAACCCGGCAGCAGUUGUUGAGCUUCAAACAAUUGGAAAUACUUCCAUUCCCCUUUGUCAGUUCUGCAUUUCCUACCUCCAACUGAAAGCUGGAGUUGUGAGUGCUACCAAAAAGGCUACUUUCUUGUUUGAUUAGUUUUCUCCCAAUAUACUUGGAAUAGGAAAGGUAGACAGAGCUCAGUGUCAAACUCAAAGUGACCUUGAUUCCUAUUUGCAAAAGCUACUCUGAAAAUGUCCCCCAGUACUGUAUACUUUUAUGAUAGAAACUGUUCCUGCUUUUCAUUAUGAUUAAGAAGCUUUAGGCAUUCUCUGACCCUUCUCAGUGGGUGAUGAAGGUUAUCAGUAUGUAACAGAUAUCUGUCAUGAAGUUGCACCUCUCUUUAAUAGAGCAGCAUUUGUUGACACAGCAUGUUCAGGUAAAGCCUGAAUGAGGGAAAUUCUGAGUGCUCCCAGCUCUGCAGUAUUCAUGUAGAAUUUGGAAUCUAAAAGUGUAAAUUCCUGAAAACAUGAUGCAAAAUAUGAUGCCAAUGGAAGGAUUGCUAUUGACUUCUAUGGUUCAAGCUCUAUUUGAUUUAGGGGUCUGAGUUAUGUUCAGUAUGGAGAAGUAGGAAAAAAAAGACAAAUGGAGAAAACAAAUAAGAAAGAUAUUUUAAAAAUUUAUUUAUUAUUGGAAAGGCCUUCAGGCCUAUUAUGAACUGAAAUAUGUUCAGCAGGGAAAAUCGUGUAUAAAUGCUGGUAGUUUCCCCCCCCCGCCCCAUUCAAGUAUACAGAGACAGACAUUAACUAAGCGUUUGAUUAACUGAGGAAUUUUGAGAACACAAGUACACACUGUCCUUCUGAAUUACUCUUCUUUUAUCUUAAGCUUUUGGAAGUUUUCCACAAUGAUCUGUGCUUUAUAAGCAGUAGGUGGGCUUAGAAUUUGCUUUUUUAUUCCCUCAAAUUCUUUAGCUGGAAUACCUUCUGAGUCCUUGAGCUUUACAGGCACUAUGUGAAACAUCAUGGUUGUAUUAAAACCAUGAUGCUGGUCUCAAAAUUAUACAAUGUUCCAGCCACUCCAUUGACUCUGUGACUGCCAAGAGCUCUGGAUUUCUUGCCAGUUCAGUGUUGGAAUCUAAUUGUUCCUUUCUUUCCGUUUGUUUGUUUUUUAAUGCGGCUCACUUUCUCCUGAGCUUGAGGACAAGCAAAAGUUCACAACAAAGAGAAAAAAAAGAGAGAGACAAAACUUUCCUGAGGGAGUAGGGAACCAAAGAGAAAACUUUUUACAAUGACCCACUAGGGACAAGGAGAAGUUGUUAGAAGUGGAUUGGAAGUAAAGGCUGAAGCACUUUCACUGUGGAAUGCUUAGACUUUUCACUUUCUGAGGCUGCUUAUGUUGGGAGAGAGGGUUUUAAUCCUUUCCUUUGCUUAUUUCACUCAACUCAUUCUUGAAACCCAGCAGUCUAUGAGUGUGCAGUUUCUGAAAUGCAAAUCACAUGAUAACACUCAUUUUCUGCAAUGCAAAAUUAAUCCAGUUAUGAUUGAUGGCAAAGUACAAUCAUUGUAUAAGGAACCGCAUCCUCCCCCCAACAUCUUUUAUAAUCACAUUUUGAAAUUCCACUCUAUAUUCUGUAUAUUUGCUAUUUUCUCCAGCUAUAACAGGUAUUUUAGGCAACCUGUGUGGCUACUGUAAUAGUAAAGUCACUGAAAUUUUGCUGAAUAAAAGGCUGCCGUAUGAUUUCAGAUGGUGUAAUACUAGGUAGAAACGUCUAUGCAAAGUGGUUUUUUCUGUGAUCUAUUUACUGAAGAUUAUGAUGAGAAGGUUGAUACUUUUGUUUUGUUUGUUUAAUAUGUUUUAGGUGCCAAAGCCCACAAGACAAGCAGCAAAUAGUUGUGCUUCUGCACGCUUCCAUUGCAUGCUGGAGUUUGUUUGAAAUUAAGUAGAGCCAGAGAUUCCCAUUGGGUGUGGAUGUAGUAUUUAAUUUCACUGAAAUAACUAGCUGUACGUUUGAUUUCAAAUGGCAUCCUUUGAAAGUACGCACUUACUAGAAUUUCGUACUUUAAUGACUGAUGCUGGAGGUAUCUUUGUCCUCCUUGAUGAACAUCUUCUGUUCUAGGCCUCAGGAUACCAUAGUUUCAAGAUGAGCUAGGCGCCUUAUUUGUAGCAAAUGACUUAUUCAGGGAGUUCAGCCGUACUGCAGGUGAAUGAUCCACAAGCCCAAACUGAUGACAACAAAUGUGGUUACUGUCCUAAUAGGGUGAAAACACAAGGCAUUCACAAACUGUUUGUUUUGAUCUCGGAUGAUGAAAUGUAUAUAUAUCUAUCUGUGAACUAUUACUCACUUACCUAGAUCAAAAAUCAAAAUGAUAUUAAAGAUAGCAUAGUUUAUGCUUAUUUUCAAUAUGAAGAAGAAUAUAUAUAUUGGUAUGGGAUACUGACAAAGUUUCUUUUCUAUAAAUACUCUUCUGAAAAAAAGUAGCAAGCCAGUUACACCAAAAUUUGUGGAUAAAGCUGGGAGUAUUAUCUAAAAAAAUUCACAGUUGUAGUCAACUGAAAGGUCAUAUGUUUCAUUUGAAGAAAGUUUCUCCCAAUUCUAUUUGCUGUCCAGCUGCAAAAGAGUUAAUGUAUUUCAACCUACAACAGAGUUUGGGACUUUUCAAAGUGCCAGUCACACAAACAGCUGAGACUUCAUUUCAAGUCACAUCUAGAUAAGUACAUAACGGGCAAUUUUCACUAGGUAAAGUAUUUGGAAAAAGUCAGGAGUUAAAAAUGGACAAUGGUCUUUUGACGAUGUAAAGUUUAAGAUUAGUAGCUUUUUCCCUGGGCUUCGUAAAAAUGGGGUCAUCUUCACUUAGUGCAAAUAUCAAACCACAGAUACUAACUAAAGGCUAUAGAGCAGACAUCCUAAAUGUGUGCAUAUACAACUCAUACAAAAAGUUGACUUCCAGGUCCUGAUUUGAACACCUUCAUCGGACCUGGGGACAAAUGACUUGUUGACAGACAAAAUCUCACCCAUCUUCCAUUGUAUACUGCUAAUAGCUGACAUAAAUUUACAGAAAAGAUUAGUGAGAGGAAUAAAAUAAGUCUUUAAGUGAAAUUAUGUUAAAGCAGUAUCACAACACUGCUGUGACCAGUGCUUGCGUUCUUUCUGAAGACUUAUUUACAAACUGGUCCUCAUUUUCACAGAUUCUGUCACUAUAACAAGUGUUCCUUGCAUGUAGCUUGCCAGCAGAAACAAACACCCAAUGAAUGCAUGGACUUUGUGUUAACACGUUCUUAUUGGAGACAUUAUUAUUGAAUUUAUUCAUAUGAAUAUUUAGGGAUUGGGUUACUUUGGACUGAAAAGAUAUUAGCAGUUUUCCCGGUAAGCCAGUAAAGGACUACAAUGAAUGUCAUGUAAAACAGAAAAAUUAAGUAGCAUAUGCUAUUUGUUACUAGAGUAGUUCAACUAUAUUUUUCUCUCAAUUAUUUUCUCUUUUCAUGAGAGAAAAUUUCUCCCUCUGAGAAAUGUAUCGAUUUUAAUUUUGCAAGCAAAAGAAAUUUAUGCAUAUUGUAUUGUUGUUAUGGUUUUAAGGUCUACAUAAGGCACUUUAUUAAUGACAUUGAAGUGAAAGUUCAGUCUCAGCUUUUGACAGUGAAGUGGUUAAUUCCCAUUGAAUUCUCCAUUUAUAGUACUUCUUCACCUUAAAUUUAACAUGAAGAUAUUAAAGUUUUUUCUUUAGAACAUGAGAAUAAUGGUUUUACUCAUGACUUAUCUUUCCAGCUCAGUGGAAAAACAAAACAGAAAUGAGUGCCAAAACCAAAAGUUCCUGGCUCUGAGCCUCAUCAGAUCCUGCCUGAUGCUCUCUUCUAAACACAGAGAUAAUCCUAGGAAGCUGAUGAUCACUCCUUCCCUGAACUCUAGUGAACAGGGCACUUUGUAUCCCAGAUGAUACUACAGGCAAUAUUGAAGCAUUUGGCAUUAAACUUUUGUACAGCAGAGAAUGUCUUGCUCUUUAAAAGGACGCUGGCUAGUAGUCCAUCUGGAAAACUAGUACAAAAGAGAUUUGGCAAGCUUUUGUUAUGCUGGGGCUCUGCGGAAAUGUGCCUCAUGAGAGCUGAAUUCUGAUCUUCUCAGAAACAGAUAAGCUACUAAACAAAUUGUUAUCUCUUGAUCCUAAAUAUCUGAAGAUGAUCUUUCAUAAAAUUGAUUUUAACUGA